CGUCGAGUGACCCCUCGUGUUUUCUACGGUGGUUUGCUCUCUGCUUGGGGUCAGGGACACCAGCACUGAACGGUUCCCGUCUUUGUGAAAUGUGUACGUACAAGAUGCGAAAGCACAACACUAGGUGCACUUGAUCGUGCAGGACGACGUCACUUUGGCUAGUGCUUCCCAGCAUAAAGUCAAAUUUAUCAACCGUCGAAUCCUUGGGGUUGCUGUUCUUUUCGCGAACAUGUCAACAGUCGGCGGACAGGCGCACUUAUAAACACCAUCCACCCUUAGGCCUCAGGCCCUAGUCUCUGUCCCUCCAUCUCAACACGAGACUGCCAACACGAUGCCCUCCCAGCUCCGCCAGCUCCUCGAGCUCAUGACCCAGUCGGUCGAGGCCCUCGAGCGGGUCUGCGAGCAGACAGGAACCUCAAUCCCCGACCUCAACGCGCCGCUCACGCCUGCGUCCGAAGCAUUCCGCCGCGGCCCCGAGGCUAUGGAGGCUGUGAAAGUCAUUGUCGCCGCUGCGGAACAUAUGUCAGCCAUCGUGUCCCCUCCACACAGACAACUCUACAAGUUUGUCGCCGGGCCGACCAGAGCGGUCGCCGUCAGGGCUUGCCUCGAGGCGAACGUAUCGGAAAUUCUUCGCGAAGCGGGACCUUCGGGUAUGCACGUCAACGACAUGGCGAACAAGAACGGGCACGACCCUGAGAAGCUCGCACGUUUCUUGCGAUUCCUCGCAUCUCAUCACAUCUAUCGCGAAGUUUCGCCAGACGUCUUUGCUCACACUCGCAUCUCAUGCUUGCUGGACACCCGCAAGCCGAGCGCAGAAGUUAUUGCCAACCCUGAACAAAAGUACGACAAUACUCGCGGCUUCGCUGCCGUGGCAAGUCACCACCUCGACAUUACGUUCAAAACCGCGUCGCUGGCCUGGGAAGCGCUGGCCGAUCCAAAGACGCGGUUUUCCAACGAGCCUGCGGACGCACCCUUCUCGCGUGCCUUCCCCCAGGACAAGACGCUCUGGAACCUCCUGGAGCGCGACAGCUUCGCUCGGAACCGCUUCGACAUCACAAUGCAGGUCAAUGCGGACAGCCAGCCGCCCGACUCGAUCUUCCGAGCGUUCGACUGGCAGCGCCUCCCGGCGGGCGCCAAGGUCGUCGAGGUCGGCGGCGGGAUGGGCACGUCUGCCCUCCCGCUUGCCGCCAGAUUCCCCGAGCUGAAGCUUGUCGUGCAGGACCUGCCCGACGUCACUGCAAAGGCCGAGAAGCUCUGGGAGAAGGAGAUGCCGGAAGCGAUAGCCUCGGGACGCGUCGUCCUCCAAGGUAACCCUCCUCUCCUUCUCUCCCUCUCAGAAAGACACGCUGACCAUUGGCACGCACCAGGCCACGACUGCUUCGCGCCGCAGCCGCAGACCGGCGCAGACGUCUUCCUGCUCAAGCUGAUCCUCCACGACUGGGCGGACGACUACUGCCUCAAGAUCCUCCGCCACCUCCGUGCGGCCGCGCGCCCGGACACGGCGCUCGUCGUCAUUGACGCGCUCGUCCCGUACGCCUGCCGCGGCGCCGAGAAGGAGGUGGCCGCGAUCCCCGGCGCGGAGGGCGACCAGGCGCCCGAGCCGCUCCUCGCGAACUACGGCACCGCGAACGAGCUCGUGUACUUCAUGGACGUCAACAUGCACCUCCUGUUCAACGCCCAGGAGCGCACCGUCGCGCAGUUCGAGCGGCUCCUCCGCCGCGCGGGCUGGGCCAUCAAGGCGGUCCACCGCUCGCACGAGAACAACGGCGUCUUCAUGCAGUCUGUCGAGGCGGUCGCUGUUUGAGUUGUGGGGCAGGGGCUUGAGGAUCGGUCGGGGGGCUGGCUGGAGGGUUGGACGUUGGUUUUCUUGUGUUAUAGUCUUGCGACGUGUAUGCGCUGGUGUGGACCUUGUGUUUGUUUGGAAAAUAUGCCAUGUGUAGUAUAUGCUGCUGUCUGUGAAAAGUAUUCAUGUACACGUUGGAUGUGCGGUACCACGCGAGAUGAGGUCCACCG